AUGGCUACCCCCAGUGUCCUUACCUUUGAUACUGAGGGUCGUGCUGUUGACUUUGAGGUCUGGGUCGAUGACCUCCAGCUAUUCCUACAGUGCGAUAGGGCAGACGGACUCUCCCUGUUCAAUCUCACAUCUGGUGCCUCUCCUGCCCCGCCUGCUACUGCUGAUAGCACUGUUCGCUCACAGUGGGCCACGCGCAAUGCUGCUGCCCGUCUUGCUGUACGUCGCCACUUACCGACCACUGAGCAUGCGCAAUUUAGCCAGUACAAGAGUGCUAACACCUUGUACGAUGCUAUAGUUGCACGCUACUCUUCCCCUGCCACUGCUGCACUUAGACGCCUCAUGCUACCGUACCUGUUCCCUGACCUUGCUGCCUUUCCCAUAGUCGCUGACCUCAUUAUGCACCUUCGCACUAGCGACACUCGCUACCGCGCUGCGCUUCAUGCUGAGUUCUGUGCCAAGAACCCCGCCCCCAUGUACAUCACCCUCUACUACAUAGUCACCCGGCUCCCUGACUCCCUUCGCUUAGUCAGGGACCAAUUCCUCUCAGUUUUCCCCACCACACUGACCGUUGACCUCCUCGAGGAGCGCCUCCUAGCAGCAAAGAAGAGCAUAGUCGCUGUAGGAGCCUCUCGUGGUGACCCUCGCACCCCCGUCUUUGAGGGGUGUUCUCCCUCCCCCCUCUUGCCCUCCGUUGCUUUUGCUGCUGCGGCUGACCUCGUUGGCUUCGAGUCGGUCGGCGCUGCGUUUGCCCCUAACGGGAGACACCGCACCGGCAACGGCAAGGGGGGCAAGGGCGUUGGAGGGGCUGGCGGGGGCGUUAUUGGGGCUGGCGGGGGCGGUGGAGGUGGUGGUGGAGGCAGUGGAGGGGGUGGGGGUGGUGGUGGGAGUGGUGGCGGGGGUGGAGGUGUUGGUGGCAGCAGUGGAGGCGGAGGAGGUGGCAGCGGUGGCGGAGGGAGCAGAGGCGGCGGAGGUGGCGGAGGCGGCGGAGGUGGGGGAGGUGGCGGAGGCAGCAGUGGAGCUGGUCGCGGCUCUGCGCAGAGGAGUGGCUCCGGUGGUGGUCCACGCCAGCAGCAGCAGCGCAGUCGCAUUGAGGCUGCUGCUCUAGGUGCUAGUGCGUCUGCUGCCCCAGGUGCUGGUGAGUCUGCUCUCCCAGGUGUCUACCUCCCCUCGUUCUCUAGGAACUUGGUGAGUGGAGCUGAUCUACAGGAUAGGGGGGUUGACCAGUUCACGCCUGCGAGUCAGCGGGUGACCCACUGUACGUGUGCUCGGACGGGCUGA